GAGGAACUCGAGGGCCUGGCCAGGAGCGCGUCCGCUAUCAGCGGAGCUGGCGGUGAUGCAGGACACCUCCGCCAGCGACGCGAGUCGCAGGACGGCGUCUUCGAGCUGCCCGUCAUCCAGAGGCCUCGUGCGGCAAAGCCAGGGCUCCCAAGCACCAUCCGUGAAGUCCCUUCCAACCUGCCCACGCCAUCUUCCACCCGGCCCCCAUCACCUUCGACGCCAGGGACUCGACUGUUGGAGGCCACCGACUACAUGGGCGUGUACACACCAGUUGCCCAUAGUUCACCACAGACGCCUCAGAGCGAAGCGGUGCACGAGUUAGGCGUCGGCCAUGCCUACCCUGACAUCGGCGUCAUCGCUUCCUGGCGUGGCGCCCUCGUCCUGCUGUGCACAUGCGGUGCCCAGCUGAUGGACAAUGUCUUCAUGACCAGUAUUAAUAUCGCCCUGCCGGCCAUCCAGAAGGACUUUGGGGUCAGCAGUUCGGAUCUUCAGUGGCUCAUCUCCGCCUACACCCUCACGUUUGGCGGGUUCUUGUUGCUGGCCGGCGUGCUGUCGGACAGGUACGGACGGAAGCUGAUCUUCUGCUGCGGCAUGGCCAAGCUGAGCGUAUGGACGAUCGCGAACGGCCUCGCCCCCUCCUUCAUCUCCAUUGCCAUCUUCAGGGCCCUGCAGGGCAUCGGAGCCGCCAUGACCGUCCCCAGCGCCGUCGGGCUGAUCAGCAAUUAUUUUGUGGCCAGGGAACAGACGCUGGCCUUGACAAUCUUCGGCUCGGCCGGCGCUGUGGGCUUCUGUAUGGGCUUGAUGUUUGGUGGAUUCUUGACCUCCUCGCUCGGGUGGCGCUACAUCUUUUACGUCGCCGUGAUCGUCACCGGUUCGCUCGGUGUGCUCGGCUGGUAUUGCUUGCCCAAGGACCGGAUGGACGGCCACACCCGUCCGAAGCUCGAUUUCGUCGGGGCAGGCCUGUCUACCGGAGGCCUGGUCCUCCUCAGCUACGUCCUCUCCAGCGGCGGGGAGUACGGGUGGGGCAAGGCCUUCAUCAUCGUGCUGCUCCUCCUCAGCGUGGCCAUGAUUGUGGUGUUCGCCUGGGUCGAAAAGAAAGUGCCCAACCCCAUCAUGCCCCUCUCGCUGUGGAAACUCGAGAACUUUGCUGCCCUCUGGGUGGGCGGCUUUGUCAUGUACGGUGGGUAUCAGACAGCCAUCUACUACACGACGCUGAUCUGCCAGGAGGUCAACGGGCUCAGCGCCGGCGAGACCGCAGUGAGGUUCCUGCCGAUGGGUGCCACGGGCUUCAUCUGUAGCCUGAGCAUGUCACGGGCGUUGGAAUGGUUCAACGCCAAGUGGAUGCUCGUCACGGGCAUGGUCAUCUGCGCUCUUGCUCCCAUCUCCUCGGCCCUGAUGCAGCCGAGCGAUGUGAGCUUCUGGAGACAUGUCUUUCCGACCACUGUCUUGAGCGUGGCUGGCACCACGAUCGUCUACUGCACCAUCACCGUGGUCCUGCUGGCAUCUGUGCCAGCCAAUGUCAAGUCUCUCUGCGGAGGCAUGAUCAAUACUGCCUUCCAGAUUGGCAGCGGCGUCGGGCUUGCCCUGUCCAGCGCUGUGGUCCAGGCUGUCGACAUCAACAAGGGCCACACUGAGCUUCGGCAGUACGAGACAGGACUGUGGUGUGUGGUCGGUCUCGCUGGCGUGGGCAUCUUGGCCAGCAUUUUUGGAGUGAAGGACAAGGGGAAGUACGUGGGCGGACCAGUCAUGGCACACUAAGAAAUGCAACACCACAACAACUUCAUAGAGAGCCGUCUUUUAGAAUCGGCUAGAAUUUGGUAUAGAGCGGUCAUUAGAAUAGA